GAAAACCCUAAAAGUUCUUAAAACCUCACCGCCACAACACAACAACUCAAGCUUCUCAAAAAUGGCCUGCACCACAGAUUUCCGGUGCCUCGACGAAGGAUUCGGCGGCAAAACCGCCAAACGCAAACGCGAAUCUCAGGAACAAGCCGCCGGCGACGCCGAUGAAGCCUCGAUGGACAUCGAUUCCUCCCACCCUCCAUCCGCGAAACGCAGCGCCGUCGCGUCCUCGGAAGAUCCAGACAAACCCGUGGCCGCCGCCGUAUCCAUCGGGAGACCGACGUACGACGGCGUGAUCGCCGGGAAAGUGUCGGGGCGUAACUGGAAGACGCCGCGGACUCACAGAUCGUCGGGGAGGUUCGUGAGGAACAGGGGGCCGGAUCUGGAGGAGAUGAAGAGGCAGAGGGAGAUCAAGAGGGCGUAUAAGGAGAGGAAGAACGAGUUAAAGGAGGAGAUUAGGAGUCAUAAGGUGGAGAAGAGGAAGAAGAAGGAAGAGAGGGAGAAGAGGAAGGCGGAGAAUGUUUUGAGGACGGGGACGAAGCUGCAGAAGAUUACGAACCCUAAGACGUUGAAGAAGAUUGCCAAGUCUAAGCAGAGGAAGCAUCUUAAAGUGAUUCCUGAUGAGAUGGUGAAUGGGAGCAAGAAGAGUGUCUAAGAGUUGACUGUUUUUUUUUUUUGAGUUUUGUAUUUUUGUUUAGUCAAAUGUUGUUACUUAAUGAUCUGCAUCUUAAGAACCAAGUUUGAUAGUGAGAUUGGGACCUUAUUAAUAUGUAUGAUCUCAGUGAUGAGGUUGAGACCUUUACAAUGAACAAAAAGAUGUUAAGUUUUGAGA